AUGGUGGUCAUGAUUUCAACUCUUCUUUUUGCUGCCAUCGCAUCAGCCAUCUCUACUCCUCUCACACCCAAACCCUCGCCUACCCCUGGCUUCAGCCCCAUGCCCCCACCUCACAAAGUAUCUGGUCGCCUAGCCGCGAUUAGGGGUAACACAACUGACAUGAAUUGCUAUGUCGAGCUUUCUCACGUGUAUGGUUGCACGGGCCAGAGUGACCCAGUAGGAAUCUUUGAAAGCGGCCUUUGUCAAAGCUACGGACCAGAUAAUGUGACGGUCAAUAUCAAUAUCUGUGACUCGGCUAAACUUCUUUUGGAUUUCAAGGAGGCUCUGCUCGAAUUUAGUAAUCCUUCUCAUGACCUCCAAGUAUGGAAGCUUCCUCAGGGUGAGCCCGGGAAAUUUAUAGAAACCGGCGUCGACUCCGGUGGUGCGGAUCAGCCAUACCAAGAUAAUGUCCUUUCAUAA